AUGGAGCCAAAAUUGAGGCACGAAAAAGUAACAAACCAAGAUGUUCUUUCCCCUAAGAGUGUCAAUCUCAAGUCUACGGUCAUCAUUUCGGACCAAGUAACCCCUCUCUCCGUCUCUUGGACUACCUUGAUUAGUGGGUAUUCUCAAUUGGGUCUUGUAAAUGAUGCUUAUGAUGUUUUUAAGUCAAUGCCUAAUAGGAAUUCUGCUGCUUGGAAUGCAAUGAUAGCUGCAUAUGUUCAGAAUGAUCGUUUCCACGAGGCGUUUCCUUUCAAUGAAAUGAGGAUGGGAAAUGUAGAGUUGGAUAGGUAUGUGGUAGCUAGUAUGCUAUCUGCUUGUACAAAGUUGGGAGCUCUGGAUCAAGGAGAGUGGAUACAUGGAUAUAUCAGGAAGAAUGGAAUAGAGAUGGAUACAAAACUCGCAACCACAGUUAUUGACAUGUAUUGCAAAUGUGGGUGCUUGGAAAAGGCUUUUGAAGUUUUCAAUGGUUUGCCUUCUAAGGGGAUCUCUACAUGGAACUGCAUGAUUGGUGGGUUAGCAAUCCAUGGAAGAGGACAAGCUGCUAUAGAGCUUUUCAAGGAUAUGGAGAGAGAGAUGGUUGCACCUGAUAACAUCACUUUCUUGAAUGUGCUUAGUGCUUGUGCUCAUGCAGGGUUAGUUGAGACAGGCCAUCAUUACUUCAAGCAUAUCACUGAAGUCCAUAGACUCGAACCAAGAAUGGAGCAUUACGGAUGCUUGGUUGAUUUAUUAGGUAGAGCAGGACUGCUGGAAGAGGCCAGAAAGCUUGUUGAAGAAGAAAUGCCGAUGGACGCUGAUGCUGGGGUGUUGGGCGCCCUUGUCGGAGCUUGUAAGAUCCAUGGAGACAUCAAUCUAGGAGAAAAUUUCGGGAAGAGAUUAAUUGAAUUGGACCCUAGUAACAGUGGCCGUCAUGUUCUACUGGCCAACCUCUAUGCAACUGCAGGCAAAUGGAAUGAUGUUGCGAAUAUCAGGAAGCUAAUGAAUGAUAGAAAGGUGAAAAAGGCUCCUGGUUUUUCAGUGAUCGAAAUGGAAGGCGUUGUUAGUGAGUUUAUUGCAGGAGGCAGGGCCCAUCCUGAAAGCAGGAAGAUUUAUGCCAAGCUUGAUGAGAUGCUGGAAAGCAUAAAAUGCCUCGGAUAUGUUCCAGAUAAAGACAGGUUAAUUCAAGAUAUUGAUGAGGAAGAAAAGGAGAAUCCUUCGAACUAUCACAGUGAAAAGCUUGCCAUUGCAUUUGGGCUAUUAAAGACCAAGCCAGGGCAAACCAUUCGUAUCUCAAAGAAUUUGAGAGUUUGUAGAGAUUGUCAUCAAGCAAGUAAACUCAUUUCUAAGGCUUUUGAUCGUGAAAUUAUAGUGAGAGAUAGGAAUCGUUUUCACCAUUUCAGGAAUGGUGAAUGCUCUUGAAAUGAUUUCUGGUGA